CAUUUUCACUGUGUGUUGUAUUAAUACAAUUGUUAUUUCGUCAUACCUAUUUUCGUCAAGUCAACGUGCAAGCGACACUCAAUUCACUGAUAACAAAAACGUAUUCUUCAAGUUGUGAAACAAUACACAAAUAACCAACAAAAACGACAUGGCACAAUCUUCUGUAGCUGGCACAGCCUCUUCUGCCGCCGCUGGCGCUGGUGUGACGAUUCCAGUCGACACUACUGGUGCCUUGGAUAUCGGUGUGGAUAUGAAUUUAGUGGAUAUGAAGCACUGCUUCGAAAAUCUCAUAGUGAUAGAUGCGGGUGCGAAUCUAACAAACAAAAAAUAUAGCCGUGAUCUGGAAUCAGUAAUACAACGAGCAAAGGAUGCGGGAGUUCAGAAAAUCAUGGUUCCAGGCACAUCGGUAAAAUCUAGCAAAGAAGCGCUUCGUCUAUCACGAAUUUAUCCCGAUAUAAUUUAUUCGACUGCUGGCAUACAUCCACACGAUUCCAAAUCGAUUGUCGAGGAACCGAACACUUGGUUCGAGUUCGAGCAUAUUGCGGCUUCACAGGAAUGCGUCGCUAUCGGACCAUGUGGCUUAGAUUAUCAACGUGAUUUCUCUGAGCCAGAGACCCAAAAGGAAAUUUUUGAAAAGCAGAUACAUUUAGCUUGCAAUUUGAACAAAUCUCUGCUUAUACAUGAGCGAUCCGCCCAACAAGAUGUACUCGAUAUCCUGGAUAAAUUCGAGACUUUACCACCUAUAAUCGUAAGAGGAUUCAUGGGAACGGCCGACGAAGCAGUCAAAUAUCUAAAUAGGAGAUUCUAUAUCAGUUUAACUGGUUAUUUAUGCAAGGACAAAUCAGAUAGUGGAGUACGCAAACUCUUAGAAAAUGGAAUUCUUCCUAUCGAUAGACUGCUCGUCGAAACGGACUCGCCGUUCAUGUACCCAAAUACAAGAGCUUCCAAGCUGCCGCAACAUGUUAAGACUGGAAUAACGGAACGUUCGCUUUUAUAUUUACAUAGGUACUGCACCUUUCAACGCAACGAGCCUUGUAGUUUGCCCGCCAUUGUAGAAAUGAUAGCUGCUUUUAUGAAGAAAACGCCCGAAGAAGUAGCUUUAGCUACGGCAUUCAAUGCAUUGAAACUCUUUGGCCUAUCCUAAAAGUUAAUGGCUGUGAUAUUACUUAUGUAGACUGUCAUACAAUUGCUUAGUGCGACAAAAUAUCACUUAAAGCACAUGCUUUCCAACCAUAAAACAAGGAGUGAAUUUAUGCAUAUAGAGGAAUCCAAAACGAAAGUGCCAAAUUUUUAUUUGUGGUAAUAUAGUGUUUUGUGAAAAUUCCUUAAUACGCUAUGAACUACAAGACUUCAAAAGUGCCUUAAAUGAAGUGCGAAAUUCGGCAAACGGCUGAUAAUAAAGCAAACGAUAAAAAAAAAAUAUUUUACUAAAAAGAAAAUUAUGUAAUUAACGAAUCGACACUUAUUUAUUAUAUAUUACACAUACAUAUGUAUACCUACUAACAACGACGUGUUUUUAAAGCGCAUGCAAAUUCGUAAUAUACUCAUAUUAAAUCAACUGAAAAUUCGAAUACACAAGUCGACCUAUUAGUGUUAGUUGCAACUACAUAAAAAAGUAUAUUUUGUUUUUAAGAACGUAAAACUAAUUAGACUGCAAAUUAAAUCUGGAUAUUCGGUGAGGAUAUGGUUAGUAGGAAUCGACCAGAGUUCCUUCUCGUGGAAAAACCCCUAACCGUGAAAUGUAAAUGAACGUACAUACAACCAUCAUAUACAUAUUUUUACACCAUAAAAGCCAAUUACGGAAAAAUGCUUUCGUAAUAUUGGGGCGUAUUCUUGUUUUCGUAUGAUUCGAAAAUUCGAAAUUUUUGUGUAGAAAAUUAUAGGAAAAUUUCAGGAUUUUCGAUUCGUACGAAAACAGGGUUACGCCUCGAUAUGUUCAUGUAGACUUUAAUAAACACUUAACUACAGUAAAUCUUAAAUGAAGAAUUUGUUUGAUAUGCAAACUAUUUAUUGACAUAAUCAAGAUGUGCCUGCUUCAAUGCCUUUUUCUUAAACCGUUGAUCAAACUAUGCAUACAAAUGAGUGCUUCGAAACUAGGAGAAAAAUGAACAAGUCAAGCUGCAGCUGAUUUGUUUUACUAUUUUAUUAGAUUUUUUACGCCAAAACCUGUAAAUAUUUAUAGUUCAUUUUGUUCGUUAUUUGUUGUUGUGCUGCGAAAUGUUUAUUGUGCUUCGCCAAC